UAAUCAAUCAAUCAUUUGGAGGUAUUAAAACCAAAAAGGGUGGAAGAAAAUUAGAACCGCUGGAUUUUCUGUCAUCUCCGCCUCUGGAUGAAGCUGAUUGACACACAGUAACUCCACAAACAAAUAAGACAGAGGAACCAAACCUGCAACCACCACAACUCCUCCCUCCCUCCCUCCCAAUAAGAAUUCAUUCUCAUUUCGAUUUCUUGUGGUUGUAGCCACCACCUAUUUGGCUGCUUCCACCGAGAUCACUCCACCAUAGAUAGAAUAAUUAUGGGUACUGAUUCCAAUGGAUGGAACCGUGCUCGAGGAUUAGCAGUCAAGGCUCUCUUACUCAUCGGUGGUGCUCUUCUCGUCAAACGUCUCCGUAAGUCCACCACUCGUUGGGACCAUGCUCGUUUAGUCGCUCAGUCUCUUAUCGGCGAAAAGUAUUCCAAGGACCAAGCUUCCAGAGACCCUGAUAACUACUUCAAUAUUAGAAUGCUUACAUGUCCAGCAGCAGAGUUAGUAGAUGGUUCAAAGGUUCUAUAUUUUGAGCAGGCUUUUUGGAGGAGUCCGCAGAAACCCUUUCGCCAGAGAUUGUUAAUGGCAAAACCUUGCCCAAAAGAGUUGAAAUGUGAUGUCGAGUUAAGUACAUAUGCAAUUAGAGACAUGGAGGAAUACAAAAAUUUCUGUGAUCGGCCAAGGGAUCAGCGACCUCAACCAGAAGAAGUCAUUGGGGAUAUUGGAGAACAUUUGACAACAAUACAUCUUAAGCGUUGUUCACGUGGAAAACGUUGCUUAUAUGAAGGUUCUACUCCACCUGGCGGAUUUCCUAAUACAUGGAAUGGAGCAGCCUACUGUACUUCAGAACUUUCCAUUAUGAAGAACAAUGAGAUACACACCUGGGAUCGAGGUUAUGAUGACGAUGGAAAUCAAGUUUGGGGACAAAAAGAUGGCGCUUAUGAAUUCAAGCCUGCACCAACCUCCUGUUUUAAUGAUACGUUUUCGCCGUUGAAUUUUCCCCCUCCACCAUCCACAGAGAGAAGAAUAGAGGGUUCGUUUAUUUUACAAGAAUGAUAGCAUUUCAUAUAACCAUAAUAUGUAAUUCAACCACUUGCUAUCUGUCACUGUCAAUAGAAAUAUUGUCUUUCUCGUAAGUUAGUCAUUACUAUCUUGUCAAUAUUUUGAUUUCAGUCUACAUGUUAAAAGCCAUAGCCAAUAAAAGAGCUGGCUUCUUAGUUUUUUCCAAUCAAGUUUGUUUGAUAUUCCUAGCAUAUUUAGGAAAAGAUAGAGAGCUUAGUAACUAUGAAGCCUAAGAAGCUUAGUAUUGAUAGAAGUGCUCACAAAGAUGCAUAAUUUACACCUACACGGCUGCAAUGUAAUUUGAAGAAUUAUCUUGAUGGAGAAUAUAUUCUUUAUAAUCGUCAAUACUGAAUUGGAAGAAAAUUUUGACCA